AUGAUCCUGCUCGUGUUGCUUCUCGUCACCUCUGAAGGUGCUCGUGCUCGUGCUCAGAGGUUUCAGGGUGAAGAGAUAAAUGGUUCAUGUGUGUGUGAUGUGAACACCAGCGCAUUCGCUUUUCCUGUCACCAGGUACGAGGCCGUCACACAACUGCUGCAGAGCUGUGAAGAUUCAGUCAACAAACUCCACACACAGACAUCGGUGGCUUUUACGAAGCUUCCUCAGAUGGAGGCCACCCUGGAGAACGUGACGGCACGGCUGCAGAGGUUCCAGUACCUUAAAACCAACGGCCUGUACACCGGCCUGCACCUAAAAGAGCUCAGCGAGGAGCUCCAGCAGCUCCAGCACACCAUCAACACUGCACAUCUGGAAACGCCUGGAGCUGAGACACAGAAGAUUCACACAGAGUUGCAGACGUUGCAGAAGGAAGUGGACACGAUGCACAAGGACGACAUCCUCAACCUGGAAACCAUGAAGGAGAAGCUGCGGUCAUUAAGUAACCGUGUCCAGACCUGCAGGACCAUCCCACAUGACUUCAGGAGCUCUUGUUCUCAGCGUGUGAUGAGAAACAUCAGUGCACCAAUCAUCACCAAACUAAACCCCUUCAGCAAGUCCUUCAUUUCUGGAGCCUGGGGUCACGACAGACAUGACAGGGAGGAAACAUACUGGAUCCAACCUCUGGCAAACGGGCACAGGCAGGGCAUCACCAUCCGCUUCUAUAGCACUUACGAGGACUUUAUGGCUGGCAGGAAUCACAGGGAUGAAAAUUUGGCUAACUCGUACACCCACGAUGACGCGAUUCAGGGCUCGGGGAGCGUUAUGUACAGCGACGUCUUGUAUUAUCAGUGCUAUAACAAGGACGAACUUUGCAGAUUCGAUGUGAAGACCAAAAAAAUCCAGCGCAUCAAGCUUCCUGGUGCUGGAAUCAAUAACAAAUUUCCCUACUGCUACUACAGCUGCCGUGAGUGGACGGACAUCAGCCUCUCCGCUGAUCGCAAGGGGUUGUGGGUGAUCUACGCCACGGAGGCUAACCACGGGAACUUGGUUGUGAGUCGAGUGGACGUAGAAGACUUUAAUGUGACCCACACGUGGAAGACCCGUCUGUUUAAACGCUCGGUGACCCACGCCUUUAUGGUGUGUGGGGUGAUGUACGCCACGCGUUAUGUGGACACCUAUAAAGAAGAAGUGUUUUACGCCUUCGACACGAGCACAGGAGCGGAAGAUAACACGCUCUCGCUUCCUCUGGAGAAAGUGGCACGUGGCGUGGCCAACCUUCACUAUAACUCCAAUGAUAUGAAGCUCUAUAUGUACAACGAUGGCUACCUGCUCGCCUAUAAUGCUUACUUUUAGAUAGUUUAUGAGUGAUAGAGGUACAAAAAAAAUAAAAAUAGCAUUUUAAUAGCAUGUCCAUGAAUGUUUUGAAAGCUCUUGAAUGUUUGAAAGGUUCAUUUUCUCAAUAACAGACUUCAUCUCCACCGAUUCACUGAGCUCAGAAUUCACUGCCGGUCAGAUUAACAUUCCAUUGUUGUACCAGCAGAUGUCGCUAUAAAUGUAAAUGUAAUUUUACUAUAUGGUGACAUCUGCUGGUGAAGCGCUGUAAUUGCAUGUCUUAUUUUGCUCGCUUUGCUGCAUGUGCCUCAUUAAU